CGGAGUAUGUGAGUAUCUCUAGUCUUGUGCAUUAAUGAGUUUCGCGGCUCUGACUCAGAGCGCGUGGACAAUGGGCGCCCCACAGCUCUGGGUGCAGUUAGAGCGGAUAAAAACAGUCCGGACAACUUUUACCUUCCAACGGACGGAUUCCACGAUGGCACCUCAUGCAUCCUGCGCUGAAACAGCCUAACAGGUCUCUCACCCAGCCCUUCUCUCAUGUCACCGGGACGUCACCAUGGCGAUGUUUAGCGGCUCUGAACGCUUCUUCUGGAAUGACUCGGAACAGGUUCCGGAAGACCUCCGCCUCCAUGGGAAUUCCUCUGGUGGUUGGGAGGAGGAUACGGAGCGUAACUACUACGCCAUGCUGUACUCCCUGCUCAUCCUGGCCAUCGUGUUUGGCAACGUGCUGGUGUGUCUGGCUGUGGUGCGGGAGAGGUCCCUACAGACCACCACCAACUACCUAGUGGUGAGCCUGGCUGUAGCUGACCUGCUGGUGGCCUCGCUUGUCAUGCCCUGGGCCGUAUACCUGGAGGUGGUCGGAGGGGCGUGGCUCUUCAGCAGGAUGUACUGUAACAUCUUUGUCACCUUGGAUGUCAUGAUGUGUACCGCCAGCAUUCUCAACCUGUGUGCUAUCAGCAUUGACAGGUACACAGCGGUGGUGAUGCCUGUCCUCUACAACACCACACACAGCUCCAGGAAGCGGGUUUCGGUCAUGAUCGCGACAGUGUGGAUCCUGGCCUUUGCUGUAUCCUGCCCCCUGCUGUUCGGAUUUAACACAUCAGGCGACCCGACAGUGUGCUCCAUCUCCAACCCUGACUUUGUGAUCUACUCGUCGGUGGUGUCCUUCUACCUGCCCUUCACUGUCACCCUGCUGGUGUACGUCCGCAUCUAUGUCUUCCUACGGAAAAGGAGGAAGAGGAUCGCCUUCCGCCAGGCCAGAAGUGGAAAGGUCCAGCCAGGCUCGGCCCUGCCCUCAGUGGAGACGUGUCUGCAGGAGGAAACCCCCAAGGAGAAGAGAGACCUGUCUCCCAUCAGGAUCAAAGUGGAGAGUGUGGAGCCGGGAGUGCCCCCUAAAACUCACCUCCUGUCGGGGUGCCUGAGGCGGAAGCGUACCCGGACUGCCCCCGUGGAGAACACUCUGCUGCCCCCAGUGGACAUCCAGAACUACUGCAGCAUCAGCCACGCCUCCUGCGGCCACACCGAGCACGAACAGGACCGUGCCGAAGAAGAGGAGGAGUUGGCCAAAGAGAGAGCGCGUAGACCCGUGAGGAGGAGCUGUGAGGUCAAGGAGUUGUCCAAUGGACGCAUUCACACGGCCCUCCGCCCCACCCCCUGCUCCCAGUCCCUGGCCGGCCAACAACAACAACAAUAUGGAAUCAGGAGCAUGCAGAACAGGGAGAAGAAGGCUACGCAGAUGCUGGCCAUUGUUCUUGGAGUGUUCCUGAUCUGCUGGCUGCCGUUCUUCGUGACUCACAUCCUGAACACCCACUGCAGGACGUGUCGUAUUCCCCCGGAGCUCUACAGCGCCUUCACCUGGCUGGGCUAUGUCAACAGCGCCCUCAACCCUGUCAUCUACACCACCUUCAACAUUGAGUUCAGACGCGCCUUCAUCAAGAUCCUCAGCUGCUGAGAACAGAGUUGGUCCAGCAUGACGAUGUCAGGCUAAUGGCCAGGCACCUAAACUGUACUGGACCUUGGGCCCGGCAUACCUGAGUAUGAAUAAGACGCAUGAGUCAUGGCCUGAGCCUGACUGCAUAUUAUCAGGGGCAAUGACUCUACUUCAAUAAGAUCAUCUACUGCUGAGAGGCCAAUAGGUCCACCAUAACCAUGUCAGGCAAGGCUUAUGACCUGUACUGGACCUUAGGCCCGGCACACCUGAUGUGCACACCUGAGCAUGGAUAAUGGAUACAGUACCUGAGCCAUGGAUACAUGAGCCAUGACCCGUCCAUCUUUAGGGUCAAUGACUCGUCUUCAUUGAAAUCAUCUCCAGCUGAUAGGACAGAUCCAUAAAGACCAUGUCUGACCAUGCUCUUCCACUGAACCUCUCAGCACACUAUAGCACACCUGGAGGACUCUCUGACGGUAACACAGGCCCUGCACACCUGAGCUGAACUACAGGUACCGUAUCAGACUUGGCUGCUAGUUAGCUGGGCAAGGACCUGCUCUACCUGUGUUAUACUGUACACAGCGGGCAGAGGACAUGAAGGGAGGGUAUGGGAGUUAAAUUCAAACCAUACAAAUCACUGCUACAAUACUGGUGAUUCAGAGGUGGGGGAAAUACUUGUAUAGAGAAAAGAAGGCAAAUGCAACAAAGGAAAUGAAGAGAAGUUGAGUUCCACACAUCCAUAUGACACAAUGUACAGCCAUCAAAAGACACUGAAUGCCCUUUCCCUGCUGCCUAAUGCAGGGGAAUUCAACCGGAGGUACUACAGGGGCUCCAUGACAAUAAAUACAAAAUAAAGUGGAAGAAAAAAUAAAGUGGAAGAAAUACAAUUUUUAUUUAAAUAUUGUUGUGACUAUCCCUAGCAACAACAGAUGAAGCCAUUUUUUUAUGACAUACUUCUUCCACAUUUUGUUGUGUUACAGCUUGAAUUUAAAAUGGAUUCAAUUUAGAUUU